UUUGCAGGUGACCCUGACACGUAUCUGAAGAUGUCAUCAAGGGUCAUCACCCUGACAUGUGUUGUCCUUCAAGUUGCCUGCUUAAUACCCAUCGUCAGUCCUCAAGGCGCGAUCAAUGAAAACGUGCUCAUCGCCAGGCUCCUGGAGAACUACUCCACCGACGCGCGGCCCGUUCUGAACGCAUCUGACAUCAUCACAGUUACGUUUGACAUCGUCAUAGCGCAGAUUCUAGAGCUGAAUGCGAAGGAGCAGGUUCUUGCGUCAAAUCUAUGGGUGCGCCAGUAUUGGAGAGAUGAGUUUCUCACCUGGAAGCCUGAGGAGAACGGUAACAUCACCAUGGUGCACAUCAACAGCGAGAGGAUAUGGCGGCCGGAUACCAUCCUGUACAACAGGCUACACGACGAGGGUUGGUCAGCGACUCCGGACACUAACGCCAUAAUCCAGCACACCGGCGACGUGUUCUGGGGAUACCCGUUCACCGUGCGCAGCUCAUGCCUGCUGGACGUCACCCUCUUCCCGUACGACGUGCAGAGGUGUCCGCUAGAGUUCGGCUCCUGGACAUACCACGGCGCGCUCAUGGACUUCGUGAACAAGUCGGCAGAGGGCGUGACGGAAGAGUUCAUAGUGAAUGGAGAGUGGCUGCUGAGAUCGUUCGAAGCUGACAGACACGUGCACAGAAACAUCUCCGGAAACCCCUUUCCGACCAUCGAGUACACCAUAGAGAUAUCCCGCAGGACACUGUACUACAACUACUACGUAGUAGCGCCUUGUAUUCUGCUUGCUCUGUUGGCUCUUUUGGGGUUUUGCCUGCCAUCGGAUAGCGGGGAAAAGUUGGCGCUGAGCAUCACGAUGUUGCUGUCCUUGGUCGUCUUCAUGCAGCUGGUAACGGAGAAACUUCCCCCGAUAUCGACAAGCAUUCCACUGAUAGGAAAAUUUUUUGGAGGAGUUAUCGUGCUAGUCACCCUGUCUUCGGCCAUGACCAUCUUUGUCCUCAGUCUUCACUUCCGCGGGCCCAAAAUCUACCCAAUCCCGAUGUGGCUUCGCAAAGUCUUCUUCCUGGGUCCUCCAAAGGACACCAAAGUCAAGGUCAUCAAAAAUCCAAGGUCACACACCGUGAGGAGCAAUGGAGUUCCGGGGGAGACCACGCCCACCGAACCGGAAACCCAGAAGGUCUCGCAGACUCUCGCGAGAAUUGAGCAGAACAUCGCCCAUUUUAUAGAGGAGUACGACAAGAAGACGGCCUACACGGCCUUGGAGAAGGAGUGGAAGUUCUUGGCUAAACGGAUCGACAGGUGCCUCUUGGUGUUGUUCCUGGUCGCGCUAGUCAUCAUGGGCCUCGCCAUGCUUCUCGCGCGCUAAGAAUGGAACGUAGUUCUAGUACUAAAAAGCGAGCAUAUUAUAUUUUUAUCUAGCUUGCACAACUUUACGUACUUGAAGCUACUAGUAGAUACUCUCUGCCAGGCUUCAAGGAAGAGUGAAAAUUGGAGUGGCAAAUGCACUACAAGGCUAAUCUCCAAGCAGAUAUUUUGGUGGGGGUAAGACAGUAUCAAAUUGGCCAGUCUGUAACCAUUUCCCCACCCAAGGU